UUUUCACUAACUACUUUUGCACUUGAUAGGAAAGCUAAGCAAAUGUCCUCGUUGUGUAUCGUUAAUGGCCAAAUGCGAACUGUUACAGAUAUUAAUAGUGUAGCAACAGCGGCCACACUAGUCCAAAAAUCAUUGCAAACUACGCCUCUAGCCUAAUAGUGUAGGUUCAGCGACUACGCUGUAGCCCAAAAAUAAUUGCAAGCUACGCCUCUAUCUAGCUCUGCAUCUUGAUUGUAUAAAAGGAUGCAAAAAUGGGACUUGUGUCUUCUGACUAGGCUAUUGCAUAUCCGUUGUAAACUGUGAAAUUCCUCCUUGUGUUGAACAUGUGCCUUUGCUCUCUCUGUCCCUCAACCUACAUGAAUCCUGGAAAGGUUACAUGAGAGACCGUAAAAAUCAGGGUUAUAUAGGUACUUACUUGACUAUCAUCACUAUCUCACUAGACACACGUAACAACCAAAGGCAGUGGUAACAUGACAGUUGCAGUUUGAGUAACUCAGCUGACAAUAGAAAAAGCAAUAAUGUCCAAAUCAAAUGUAUUUAUAUAGCCCUUCGUACAUCAGCUGAUAUCUCAAAGUGCAGUACAGAAACCCAGACUAAAACCCCAAACAGCAAGCAAUGCAGGUGUAGAAGCACGGUGUCUUUCCUAGGCAGUAAAUCGGGGAGGCAUUAUAGCCUAGUGGAUCGAAUCCUGGAGCUGACGAGCAAUGUUGCCAACUCCACAGUAAGGAAAGUAGCUAUUGGUUGUCCUAAAAGUCGCUCGAAGUCGCCAAAUGACGUCAUUGUCUAAUUUGCAUAAUUGGCCAUGUGCAUGUAAUUGUGAUGGACGCUGUAGGAGAGACAAAAAGGCGGGAUCAGCCGCAGCAGCUUCCCGCAUGCACGAUUCAUUUGCAGUCUGGAUGUGGAGGGGUGAACAUCUCCUGCUCUGACUGCAGCUGGGAGGGACUGGUGCGAGAGGACUGGGCCGCCUGUGAAUGCUUUGGGACUCCCGGUAGAAGCCGCUGCUCGUUGAGAAGAGAGUUUGUGUGUAUCUCUACUGGAUCCCGUCAUGUCGACCCAGCCUGCUCUGGAGCAGGGAGGUGUGUUGCUGAACAGUGGCCUGCACAUGAAGAGCAAGAAGGGUCUGGAGGCCGGGAAAGUGGAAGACCUGCAGGCCCGGGGCCAGUGGGCCAGCAAGGCAGAGUUCCUGCUGGCUGUGGCGGGACAGAUCAUAGGCCUGGGCAACGUGUGGAGAUUCCCCUACCUGUGCUACAAGAACGGAGGAGGUGUGUUCUUUGUGCCCUACCUGUUGUUUCUGGUUCUGUGUGGUGUUCCUCUCUUCCUGAUGGAGACCUCUCUGGGUCAGUAUACCAGCCUGGGAGGGGUCAGUGCCUGGAGGAGCAUCUGCCCACUGUUCGGAGGUCUGGGCUUUGCCAGUCAGGUGAUGAUCCUCCAUGGGUGUGUGUACUACAUUGUGGUCCUGGCCUGGGCUCUCUUCUACCUGGUCCACAGCUUCCAGUCAGAGCUGCCCUGGGCCCACUGCAACAACACCUGGAACACAGGCGGGAGGUCCUGCAGCUGUCCAGUGGACCAGAUGAGCUGGGGCCAGUCAGCUGGAGGCUGGCUCUGUGUCUGCUGCUAGUCUGGGUCGUCUGCUACUUCUGUGUGUGGAAGGGGGUCAAAUCCACUGGCAAGGUGGUCUACCUUACCACCACGUUCCCCUACUUGAUGCUGGCCAUCCUGCUGGUACGUGGCAUCACCCUGCCUGGAGCUGCCCAGGGGAUCAUCUACUAUCUCAAUCCCAACAUCACCCGCCUGGCAGACCCACAGGUAUGGAUGGAUGCGGGGACUCAGAUCUUCUUCUCUUAUGGCAUCUGUCUGGGGAGCCUUACCGCCCUGGGCAGCUACAACAAAUACAACAACGACUGCUAUAAGGACUGUUUAUCCCUGUGCCUGCUGAACAGUGGCACCAGCUUCCUGGCAGGCUUUGCCAUCUUCUCUGUGCUAGGCUUCAUGGCUCAGGAGCAGGGCGUGGACAUUGCAGAUGUGGCCCAGUCAGGCCCUGGGCUGGCCUUUAUAGCUUACCCUCGGGCUGUAGCCAUGAUGCCUUUCCCUCAGCUCUGGGCUGUGUGCUUCUUCCUCAUGAUCAUCAUGCUGGGGCUGGACACACAGUUUGUAAGCCUGGAGGCCCUGAUGACCUCUGUGACUGACCUCUACCCUACGGUGAUCCGGCGGGGUUAUCGACGAGAGCUGCUGCUGCUGAUGGUGUGUGUCGUCUGCUUCCUGGUUGGCCUGGUCAUGGUCACCCCGGGUGGUCUCUAUGUGUUCCAGAUCUAUGACCACUACUCCUGUAGUGGGGCCAGUCUGCUGCUCCUGUCCAUCUUCCAGUCGGUGGCCGUGGGCUGGGUUUACGGGCCUGACAGGUUCAAUGACAACAUUAAGCACAUGAUUGGCUACAGUCCGCUGCCCUUCUUCAAGCUGUGCUGGCGCUAUCUGACGCCAGCCAUGUGCACGGCGACGUUUGUGUUCUCCUUGGUGUGCUGGUCCCCUCUGUCCCUGGGCAAGGGCAUAGUAGCCCCGGGGUGGGCCACAGCUCUGGGAUGGCUCCUCACCCUCUCCUCUGUCUCCCUGCUGCCCCUCUGUGCACUUUACGCCCUUGCCACCACCACCGGCAGCCUAACACAGCGUUUCCGCCGGCUGUGUCGUCCUGCCCCCGACUCCAAUUUGGCCAUGGACCACCGGACCACCUCUCUCACCUUUGAACCCUGUCUGGCUCUCACCGCCGGAAAUCCAAUGAGCCAAUCGCAGACGUGAUCUAGGGACGUCCACCCUGGGUUUAGCCAAUGAUACAGUUUCUGCACACCAAUGGGACAGAUCAGAAUCGGGGGUCAUGUGAUGUUUCUGUGCAGAGGCCUCUGCCCCUCUGUUGUGUUCUCACUGGUAAAUGGAGACAGGAUGGUGGUUGAAACUGUGAUGGGCCUGGGAUAUGUGGACCGGACUUAGUGACAUGCCCAUGAAGGAGGGGGAAAUUACCUCAUCAUAAUUUCAGUCAGACUAGUCAAUGGUUUCUGACUGGACUAUUUUGAUCAGACUGAUUGGGUCUGAAAUGGUACCCUAUUCCCUCCCUAUAUAGUACACUAUUACCUUUAACCAGGGCCGCUAGGGCUCUGGUCAGAAGUAGUGCACUAUUACCUUUAACCAGGGCCGCUAGGGCUCUGGUCAGAAGUAGUGCACUAUUACCUUUAACCAGGGCCGCUAGGGCUCUGGUCAGAAGUAGUACACUAUUACCUUUAACCAGGACCGCUAGGGCUCUGGUCAGAAGUAGUGCACUAUUACCUUUAACCAGGGCCGCUAGGGCUCUGGUCAGAAGUAGUGCACUAUUACCUUUAACCAGGGCCGCUAGGGCUCUGGUCAGAAGUAGUACACUA